UUCUUUUUUUUUCUUUUUUUCAUGAGAGCCCGUUUACCUUCAGUCUGAGAAUACUGGGCGGAGGGACUGAGAAGUUUGUUCACGACGACAACCAAUUGAUUUUUUUUUUCGCUCAUGGCAGUGCAGAAAUAAAUAAAAAAAAACAAUAAUCUGGAUUGUGGAAAAGGAACGAAUUUGAAAAUAACACACAGUUGAGGGCGCCGGUCAUGGAUAAGGAUAAGGAAAGGUGGUCCACGAGAUGGAAAACGAAAAACUGGCUCAGGAACUCCGCUUUUAGUGCAAUUUUCAGUCUGACUUUUGUCCUUCAGGCAACACAAGUGAGAGCAGCUGAAACCGUGGAUGUGCUCAAGGUCUUAGACUUUAAAAGUUCACCAGAAGGAGUGAAGAAAACACAAGGCUUCUGCACCAUCCGGAGAGGAUCCAAACCAGAUGUGGCCUACCGAGUGGACAAACGGGCUCAACUCAGCACCCCAACCAAGCAGCUCUUCCCAGGAGGAGUAUUCCCUCAGGACUUCUCCAUCCUUAUGACUAUCAAACCAAAGGCAGGAGUACAGUCCUUCCUUUUGUCUGUAUACAACGAGCAGGGCAUCCAGCAGCUGGGAGUGGAGGUGGGCCGUGCGCCGGUCUUCCUGUAUGAGGAUCAGCAUGGGAAGCCCGCUCCUGAGGAUUACCCCCUUUUCCGUGCCAUUAACCUUGCAGAUGGAAAGUGGCACCGUGUGGCUAUUAGCAUCGAAAAGAAGACCAUCACAAUGAUUGUGGACUGUAAGAAGAAGAUUUCUAAACCACUAAGCAGAAGUGACCACGCAAUCAUUAACACCGAUGGCAUCACAGUCUUCGGGACCAGAAUCCUGGACGAGGAAGUUUUUGAGUACAAUACUGAAUACACCAAUUAUAAUGAGUUCUAUGACUACACCGAAGAAGUGACUGCCACUGAAAAUCCCACUGACAACGUCGGUACUGAGACCAAGCCCAGCAAUGUUGAAACUGGAGACUACUAUGUUGAGCAGGACUAUGGCACUGAAGCUCCUUCUGUUUCCAUUCCAGCCAAUGAGAAUCCAUCGCUAAAAGAAGAAAUAGUAGACGACUACAUUACAGGUAUAGAAGAAGUUGCAGUGGAUCCCACCGUUGCCACCAAUGAGAAUGUGGAUAUUGUGGAGUCCAAAAACACGAAUGGUGCAGAAAACCAGUACUUUAAGGAAUACGACAUUAAUGAAUAUGAUGCAAAAGAGUUAGACCCCAGCAUUUAUGACGAUUCGCUCUAUGACUAUAAUACUAAUGGAGCUAAACCCACUGGAUCGACCUACGACAGCGAGUUUGGACCGGGCCGACCUGCUGAAACACAGAUCACAGAGAGUAAUGUAGGUGGUGGCUAUGGCGGUGAGAAGGGGCAAAAAGGUGAACCUGCAGUCAUUGAGCCGGGGAUGCUAGUAGAGGGACCGCCAGGACCACCAGGUUCCCCUGGUCUCCCCGGCACUCCAGGUAUACAAGGCUCCUCUGGCCUCCAUGGAGAUCCUGGUGAGAGAGGCCCUCCUGGUCGUCCUGGUUUGCCAGGCGCAGAUGGAGCUCCGGGGCCCUCUGGCACCAUCCUCAUGUUGCCGUUCCGCGCUGGUGGAGAAGCUUCAAAAGGUCCAGUGGUGACGGCACAAGAAGCUCAGGCCCAAGCCAUCCUUGCCCAGACCCGGUUGACUAUGAGGGGACCACCUGGUCCAAUGGGAUUGACGGGACGUUCCGGCCCUGUAGGGGGUCCUGGUGCAUCUGGUGCUAAAGGGGAAAGUGGAGAUCCUGGCCCACAGGGACCAAGAGGACUUCAAGGACCUACUGGACCAGCUGGAAAACUAGGCAAGAGGGGCCGAAAUGGAGCUGAUGGAGCCAGAGGAAUUCCUGGAGAAUCGGGAGCCAAGGGAGACCGAGGAUUUGAUGGACUUCCUGGUCUACCUGGUGAGAAGGGACACAGGGGUGAGGCAGGUCCCAUUGGCUUACCAGGCCCUCCAGGAGAGGACGGACCAAGGGGCGAGGAUGGUGAGAUUGGACAGAGAGGAAUGCCAGGAGAAAGUGGUCCAAGAGGACUGCUGGGCCCCAGAGGUUCUCCUGGUACCUCUGGACAGCGUGGUCUUCCUGGAUUGGAUGGACCACCUGGCCCUAAAGGAAAUAUGGGUCCUCAAGGAGAGCCUGGACCGCAUGGACAACAGGGUAACCCCGGUCCACAUGGUCUGCCUGGUCCUCAAGGCCCGAUCGGUCCACCUGGAGAGAAAGGUCCCAGUGGGAAACAGGGGCUCCAUGGACUGGCUGGGGCUGAUGGGUCUCCUGGUCAUCCUGGGAAAGAGGGUCCUCCCGGUGAGAAAGGAGCAGCUGGACACCUAGGUCCCCAAGGGUCCAUUGGCUAUCCCGGUCCCCGAGGCGUGAAGGGUGCAGAGGGCGUUCGUGGCUUGAAGGGCAACACAGGAGAAAAGGGAGAAGAUGGUUUUCCUGGGUUUAAGGGUGACAUGGGCCUCAAGGGUGACAAGGGAGAGGUUGGUGUGCUGGGCCCCAGAGGAGAAGAUGGACCAGAGGGGCCGAAAGGUAAAGCAGGUCCCACUGGAGAGGCUGGUUCUUUGGGCAUGGCAGGAGAGAAGGGAAAACUUGGUGUUCCAGGUUUGCCUGGCUACCCAGGAAGACAAGGUCCUAAGGGCUCAACUGGUUUCUCUGGCAUCCCUGGAGCCAAUGGCGAGAAGGGAGCAAGGGGUAUUGCUGGUAAAGCGGGUCCACGAGGACAAAGAGGACCGACGGGUCCCCGUGGUGGAAGAGGUGCCAGAGGUCCAACAGGAAAACCUGGACCAAAGGGAACAGCAGGAAAUGAUGGACCAGCUGGUGGCCCAGGAGAGAGAGGACCCCAAGGACCUCAGGGCCCUGUUGGAUUAGCAGGCCCUAAAGGACCACCUGGGCCUCCUGGAAAGGAUGGAUUGCCCGGUCACCCUGGACAGCGAGGAGAGACUGGUUUCCAAGGAAAGACUGGACCUCCUGGACCUGGAGGUGUUGUUGGCCCACAGGGCUCGACUGGAGAAACUGGACCUGUUGGAGAGAGAGGGCAUCCUGGAUCGCCAGGGCCCCCUGGAGAGCAAGGUCUUCCUGGAGCUGCUGGCAAAGAAGGUGGAAAGGGUGAUCCAGGUCCUCAGGGGUUUUCUGGGAAACCUGGCCCUUCCGGACUGAAAGGGUUCGCAGGCCAAAGAGGGCUUCAUGGCGCAGCGGGUCCAUCUGGUCUGAAGGGAGGCGAGGGUCCACAAGGUUCACCCGGCCCUAUUGGGUCACCAGGAGAGAGAGGGGCAGCUGGACCAGGAGGACCCAUUGGUCUAACAGGACGUAAUGGACCUCAGGGACCCCCGGGACCUGCUGGGGAGAAGGGUGCUCCGGGUGAAAAAGGACCUUCUGGUCCUGCCGGUCGGGAUGGCAUCCAAGGUCCAGUCGGACUCCCAGGCCCAGCCGGACCUCAGGGUCCACCUGGAGAGGAUGGUGACAAGGGAGAAGUUGGAGAACCGGGUCAAAAGGGAAGCAAGGGCGACAAAGGCGAACAUGGUCCACCAGGUCCAGUAGGCCCUCAGGGUGUAAUUGGAGCUCCAGGUCCUGCUGGAAGUGACGGAGAGGCCGGACCCAGGGGUCAGCAGGGUAUGUUUGGGCAGAAGGGAGAUGAGGGGCCCCGUGGUUUUCCAGGUCUUCCCGGUCCCGUUGGACUGCAGGGUUUGCCAGGACCACCAGGUGAGAAAGGAGAGAAUGGAGACGUCGGCUCAAUGGGUCCACCUGGUCCUCCAGGUCCCAGAGGUCCUCAAGGUCCUAGUGGAGCAGAUGGUGCUCCUGGCCCUCCCGGAGGUAUUGGCGCAAUGGGUGGAAAUGGUGAAAAGGGUGAGACCGGUGAGGCAGGUAAUCCAGGACCACCAGGAGAGCCUGGUACAGUAGGACCCAAAGGUGAGCUUGGAGAGAAAGGAGAAGCUGGCCCUCCUGGAGCUGCAGGACCCGCUGGUGCAAGAGGACCCCCUGGAGAUGACGGUCCCAAAGGAAACCCAGGUCCUAUUGGCUUCCCUGGAGAUCCAGGUCCUCCUGGUGAGGCCGGAACUGCUGGACUGGAUGGCCUUCCUGGAGACAAGGGAGAUGAUGGAGAGGCCGGUCAGCCUGGUCCACCUGGUCCAUCUGGUGAAGCUGGUCCUCCAGGACCCCCUGGAAAGCGAGGUCAUCCAGGUCUGAUUGGUCUGAUCGGUCCUCCUGGUGAGCCAGGAGAGAAGGGUGACAGAGGACUGCAAGGACCUCAGGGAUUUGGUGGAGGCAAGGGUGACUCUGGUUCCGUUGGUUCUCCUGGUCCCUUCGGUCCCCCAGGUCCUCCUGGUAUUCCUGGCACACACGGACAGAAGGGAUCCAAAGGAUCAACUGGUCCAGCUGGCCAGAAGGGAGACCCUGGCCUGAUCGGACCACCAGGUCCUCCUGGCCCAGCUGGUGACAUCAUUCAGCCCCUCCCCAUCCAGACAAGUAAAAAAUCGAGGAGGUCGCCCGACAUGCAGGAUGACGAAGCAGCGGGAAUGAUGGAUUAUGGUAUGGAGGGAGUGGAGGAUGUGUUUGGAUCCCUCAACACCCUCAAGCAAGACAUUGAACGCAUGAAGUUCCCACUGGGAACCCAGGAUAACCCAGCCAGAACCUGCAAAGACCUUCGGCUCAGCCAACCAGACUUCCCUGAUGGACAUUACUGGAUCGAUCCAAAUAUGGGAUGCAUGGGAGAUGCCUUCAAAGUGUACUGUAACUUCACUGCAGGAGGAGAAACUUGCAUUUACCCCGAUAAGAAAUCCUCAGGGGUUAGAAUAUCAAACUGGCCAAAGGAGUCCCCAGGAUCUUGGUUCAGUGAAUUUAAGCGUGGAAAAAUUUUGUCUUAUGUGGAUGUUGAGGAGAGCUCGAUAAACUCAGUCCAGAUGACGUUCCUCAAGUUGCUCAGCUCUUCUGCCCGGCAGAACUUCACAUACAUAUGCCAUCAGUCUGUGGCCUGGUAUGACGCCAAGGCUGACAACUAUGGCAAGGCGCUGCGCUUCCUGGGCUCUAAUGAUGAGGAAAUGUCCUAUGACAACAACCCCUUCAUCAAGGCUCUCUCAGAUGGCUGCUCGCUGAAGCAGGGAUAUUCUAAGUCUGUGAUGGAAAUUAAUACUCCUCACAUCGACCAGGUGCCCAUCAUCGAUGUCAUGUUGAAUGACUUUGGGGAAUCCAGUCAAAGGUUUGGCUUUGAGAUAGGCCCUGUCUGCUUUCUCGGUUAAAGGACACCCCCUCUAUACCAUUAUGGCAAGGGUCAAGGAGUGUGGCCAGCCAAGAGACCCCCUGCCCACCCCCUCCUUGUGCCACAAACACACACACACCAGCAGCAGCCGCACUGUGUAAUCGGAAAUGGAAUAUCCAUCGCCCUGGUGGGAUCCCAGUCGCACGACUGAAACCUGCAAUUGGAAUAAAAACAGAGAGAGUACAUGAACUACCUGGUGGACAAUGGCGCACUUUUAGGAGAGGAAGGAGGGACACAUUCCUUUAACAUCUCACCACUCUAAAGCCUGUAAGAUUAUUUUCCCAUUUCCAAACUCGUUUUUUCUCCACUUGAAGUUUUAAGGCUUGUUUUUUUUUGUCCCAUUCCAAGCUUAAUCCCAGCACCAAUUACUCCCGAUCCCAGUCCUUCCCCAAGCCCCAAUCCAAUUAAUUCCCAAUCCCGUUCCUGCUCGUUUUUCCUGUAUCCUUUACAGAUCCUCCUCCAGGUGCUGCUCAGAGCAAGGCAACCACAGUGGUGUUUUUUUUUUUUUUUUUUUUUGGUAAAACUGUAAUUAUUAUUUUGUACAAUACUGUUCUUUCACGAUUGCCUUUAAAUCUUGCAUGUGCAUCAAAAUUGAUUUGAUAACUAUCAAGCAUCUUUUCUCUAGAUGUGUUUUUUUAAAUUUUGUUUUCGUGUUUGAAAACCAACAGUGCAACAGAUUUCUUCACAAGAUGUCAAUCAGUCAAGUGUCCCUGCCAACUAUAAAAUAAAACAAGCAUUUCAAACCA